AUGGCCCUGUUUAUGGCUCUGGACUGGAUGGCCAUCUGCGCGUUUACGGCCAAUGGCAUGCUGGUUGUGUUGGAAUGCUCGGUUGCUAGAAGCUUGCAGCUUUUCGCAGUGGCUAUUGGCAGUAUGAAGGCAUUGGACUUUUAUGCUCGAAGGAACUCACCUCCUAGAUAUGCUUACCCAAACCCACCAUCCGAUGGUAUCGUCGCCUUGCUUCUCUUCACAGAGCUGAGAUACGAAUCAUUCACACCAAACUAUCUACGCACUGCUCCUGCUCCAGCUCAAUUGGAAGAAGACUCUAUGACAGAGUAUUUCUGCUGUCAUCACAGACGAGGAGACAUAAAGUGCUGCAAAAACAUCCUUUAUUCAACCGGGAAGAGAGUUGUCUCACAGCAUGCACAGCAACGAAAGCUUCAUCAUCGCUUUUCCGAAUCAUUCGACCUAGUUUUGCAUGGUGCCUUUUUCCUGGCCCUUCAAGCUCUCUUCCCUCAGUCUAAUCCUACAGUCCAAGCUCUUCAGAUCCUGCUCGCCAUCUACGUUAUCUGGGAAUCACUACAGCUUCUUUUGCGGUACAAAACGAGCCCUCCGCUGUUCGGUCCGGUAUACACUGCUUCAUCCCUUGCCUCGUUCUGGAGUGAAACAUGGCACACUGCUUUUGCUAGUCCCUGUCGGUCUCUAGCUUAUGAUCCAUUACGACGACACUUGCCAGCCAAGUAUGGUGUACCCGUAGCCUUUGCAAGGGGGGUUGGUGUUCUUGCCUCUUUCUCACUGAUGGGUCUCUUCCAUGCGUAUAGCCUUGCUCCUGUUCUGCCGAUAGAUGGUGUGGUGCGCAUUAUUGCUUUCUUCUUGCUCAAUGGGAUUGGAACAGUGAUUGAGACGGCGAUAUGGGGGAAGAAGUCGCAUUGGGGGAAAGCAGUUUUAGCAUGGACUUUUGAGUUAGCUAUUGCUAGUUGGACUGUUGAGGGCCUCUCUCUUCCCAGCGGGUUACAGAACAUCUCCUGGGAUAGCAUCUGUAACGUAGGUGGAGUUAAGAGAGGUUGA